AUGGGGUGGAGAUGUCUGUGGCUGUGCUUCCUGGCUUUGUCAUUUACCAGUGUCACCAACAUCCAAGCCAGAGAGGUUCUCAACCAUGUCAACAGCAUCUGCAGCACAUGGGGCAGAGAGCACUUCAAGACCUUCGAUGGUGACGUGUACCAGUUCCCUGGUUUGUGUGAAUACAACCUGGCCUCAGACUGCCAUGGGUCUUACCAAGAGUUCUCUGUGCACAUGAAGAGGAAGAUGGCUGGUGGAAACCCCACGGUCAGUUACGUAGUGGUCACCAUCAGUGACCUCUCCUUCCACCUCACUAAGAACCUCACCACUGUGAAUGGCCAAUCCAUCAAUCUGCCAUACUACAAGGCAGGGGUACAACUGGAACAAAAUGCUGUUUACAUCAAGCUCCAAGCCAAAGUCGGCAUCGUGGUCAUGUGGAAUCGUGAUGAUGCAGUCAUGGUUGAACUGGACUCCGACUAUACCAAUCGUACUUGUGGACUUUGUGGAGACUUCAAUGGUGUUCCUGUCUACAAUGAGUUCAUUCAUAAUGAUCGGCAAAUGAGCCCCAUUGAGUUUGGCAACAGACAAAAAGUGCAUCGUCCUAAUGAUGACUGUGAGGACCCUUAUGAAGAGGAAGAUGAGCCACUAGAUGCUUCAGCUGAGCUGGACGCAUGCCAACAGUUUCGAGCCACCUGCGAGCAGAUGCUGCGUUCAGACUCUUGGAGCUCCUGCAACACAGUGCUGAACCCUGAGCGCUACAUCCAGGCCUGCAUUCAGGACAAGUGCGGCUGCAGCAACAGUACAGACGACCUCUGUGUCUGCAGCACCCUGUCCGAGUACUCUCGUCAGUGCUCCCACGCUGGAGGGCAGCCCCCCAACUGGAGGACACCUCAGUUUUGUGCUAAGCAGUGUCCAUUCAACAUGGUGUACGAAGAGAGCGGCUCCCCUUGCGUGGACACUUGUACACACUCAGACACCAGUUCACUGUGUAAGGACCACAAAAUGGACGGCUGCUUCUGUCCUGCUGGAACAGUGUUUGAUGAUAUUUCCUUGCGAGGAUGUAUCCCUCAAUCUGAAUGUCAAUGCAAGCACAAUAAAGUCUACAACAGUGGAGAGGUUUACCAGCAGGACAGAGAGGAAUGUACGUGUUAUGAGGGCAGAUGGUCUUGUAAGAGCCUUUCAAGUCCUGCUACAUGUGGAGUUGAAGAGGGUUCACACGUAACCACCUUUGAUGGGAAAGCCUACACCUUUCAUGGAGAUUGUUAUUACACCCUAGCUAAGGUGGAAAGCAAGGAUGAUUUGAGCCCAAAGUUCACCAUCCUGGUCCAGCUGGUGCCAUGCAUGAGCCAGGAGUUUGACACUUGUCUUAAGACCAUGACAGUCCUGCUGAACAAUGACAGAAACAACGUGUUGGUGUUUACUGCUGAUGGGACAGUAAGACACAAUAUGCAGGCCAUCAGUCUGCCCUACCGCACAGGUGACAUGAACAUAUUUGAGGCUUCAUCUUUUCACAUCUUGCUCCAGACCAGUUUUGGGUUGCAAAUUCAGAUCCAGCAUGUGCCUAUCAUGCAAGUCUAUGUCACACUGGAACAGAGCUACAAGAUGAAGACACGUGGUUUAUGUGGGAACUACAACAUGGUCCUAUCUGAUGACAUGAAGACCCCUCAGGGAAUGGUGGAGGGAACAGCAUCUUCUUUUGGUAACUCCUGGAAGGCUAGCCACAUGUGCCAAGACAGAGAGGAGAGACUAGAUGACCCCUGCUCUUUCAGUGUGGAAAAUGAGAAGUAUGCUGAACACUGGUGCUCCCUGCUAAGAAGUCCAGAAAGUACUUUUGCCCAGUGCCAUGCAAUGGUUGAUCCAGAAACGUACUACAAGAGAUGCACUUAUGCCAGCUGUAACUGUGAGAAGAGCGAGGCCUGCCUGUGUGCAGUCUUCUCCUCCUAUGCACGAGCUUGUGCAGCAAAGGGAGUGUUCUUGACAGACUGGAGAAAGGACGUGUGUGAUCAAUACACCACAAGUUGCCCACCAUCUCAGACCUUCUCCUACAAGCUCCAGAAAUGCCAGAUGACAUGCAGAUCCCUAAGCUCAGAGCAGCAGAGCUGCACUUCUGACUUUGUGCCUGUGGAUGGCUGCUCCUGCCCUGAGGGUCUCUACCAAGAUGACAAUGGCAUCUGUGUGCCUAUGGCUAAAUGCCCUUGCUAUUAUAAUGGAGCCCACAUCAAGCCAGGAAAGUCCAUCAAUGUCAAAGAGGAGCACUGUUCACAGAGUGUGAAUCCGGCUGCCAGUGUCCAAGUGGCCUCAUUGAUGAUGGCAAAGGUUCCUGUGUGA